GUGGGCGACGGUGGCCCAGGAUUACAGGCACAAGUUCUCCGACCCCAGGCCCUGGCUCUUGCUGGCCGAGUGCUCCUCUUUGCCGAACCCGAGCGCGAGCGUUUGCGAGAGCUUCAUCUGGACACCGACGUCAUCGAUACCGCCCUGGAAACAUAUGCUGUGAACUUCUCCAUCGGCGAGGGUCUUGCUG